UAUUCUGCAACUAUGUAAACUGUAGAUAACUGACAUUAAUGCUGCGGAAUUUUUGUCUAGCAUGCACGUUUCUCUCUUGUGAUUCUCCAAGAGGCUUGGGACCUUGAGAAUACUGAGAACCACUGUUCCUUCAGGAAUCGUGUUUUCCUGCCUAGCUUGGGUCAGUGACCCCAAUUGCCUUAUUGUCAAGGCUAACAUCUCCAGGGAAUAUUGAAUUACUGAGGAAUUUGGAAAAAGACAAACCACAGUUCUCGUUCCAUGGAUCCCUUGGGUGCCCCUUCCCAGUUUGUAGAUGUGGAUACACUAACAAGCUGGGGGGACUCGUGUGAAGAUGAAUUAAAUUUUUCUGAUACUACAGCAGAAAUAUUUCAUGAAGACACUAUUAGAUCACCUUUUCGUUAUAAUAAGGAUAUCAGUGGAAAAGUGGUUCUUUGGAAAGGAGACGUGGCAUUACUGAGCUGUACAGCUAUUGUGAAUACCAGCAAUGAAAGUCUCACAGAUAAGAACCCUGUGUCAGAAAGGAUCUUCAUGCUUGCAGGGCCUGAUUUGAAAGAAGAUCUCCAGAAACUGAAAGGUUGCCGAACAGGUGAAGCAAAGUUGACAAAAGGGUUUAAUCUGGCUGCCCGGUUCAUCAUUCACACAGUGGGACCUAAAUACAAGAGCCGCUAUCGCACAGCAGCUGAGAGUUCCCUGUACAGCUGCUACAGAAAUGUGCUUCAGCUGGCAAAAGAGCAAUCAAUGUCUUCUGUUGGCUUCUGCGUCAUUAAUUCUGCAAAACGAGGCUACCCUUUAGAAGAUGCAACACACAUCGCACUUCGCACUGUAAGGAGAUUCCUAGAGAUUCAUGGGGAGACCAUUGAAAAAGUAGUAUUUGCAGUUACUGAUCUUGAAGAGGCUACUUACCAAAAGCUACUACCUCUGUACUUCCCAAGGUCCGUAAAGGAGGAGCGCAGGUCAUUGCCAUAUCUACCUGCAGACAUUGGAAACGCAGAAGGAGAGCCUGUGGUGCCUGAACGGCAGAUAAGAAUAAGUGAAAAACCUGGUGCUCCAGAGGACGACCAGGAAGAAGAGGAUGAAGGCUUGGGAGUCGAUCUCUCUUUCAUUGGCUCUCAUGCUUUUGCUCGAAUGGAAGGAGAUAUUGAUAAGCAAAGAAAAUUGAUCCUUCAGGGACAAUUAUCAGAGGCAGCUCUGCAAAAGCAGCAUCAAAGAAAUUAUAAUCGCUGGUUAUGUCAAGCACGAUCUGAGGAUCUGUCCGAUAUUGCUUCUCUAAAAGCCUUAUACCAAACAGGUGUUGAUAACUGUGGUCGAACAGUGAUGGUGGUAGUUGGAAGAAACAUUCCUGUAACAUUAAUAGAUAUGGACAAGGCUCUUUUGUAUUUUAUCCAUGUCAUGGAUCACAUUGCUGUGAAGGAAUAUGUCUUAGUAUAUUUUCACACCCUGACCAGCGAGUACAAUCACCUGGACUCUGACUUCCUGAAGAAACUAUACGAUGUCGUCGAUGUCAAGUAUAAAAGGAAUUUGAAGGCUGUUUAUUUUGUUCAUCCAACAUUUCGUUCAAAGGUGUCAACAUGGUUUUUCACCACCUUUUCUGUCUCAGGACUGAAGGACAAAAUCCACCAUGUAGACAGCCUCCACCAGCUAUUUUCUGCCAUAUCACCAGAACAGAUCGACUUUCCUCCUUUUGUCCUUGAAUAUGAUGCCAGGGAAAACGGGCCUUACUAUUCAUCAUACCCCCCGUCACCAGAUUUGUGACCUGCCAUCAUUCAAUGCUUCUUGAUUCCAAGGACACCACUUCCUCCAUGAUUUGCUACCUGUUGAAUUGAUAUUCAUUUUUGCUGUAUAGAUCCAGAGAGCCUUUUGUCCCCACCUCUCUGGUAUUUUUUUAUUGACUGUAUAUUUUCUGGCACAUAAGCAAUCUAAAAAUGAUAGGCCAUGCUGAACUGCACACAUUUUAAAUUUGUAUAUUUGUAUCAAAUGGAAAUGUUCAUUUUUAGAUUGUUAAUAGAAAUUUGGGGAGCAACUUCUAAGUAUCUUCAGUUUCCUGAUGGAUACUGAAUUCUCCAUUAACAACCCACCAAUAUUGUUCACGUCACCCCUUUAACAUUGCACGCUCCCUUUGUGUACUUAAGUAUUUCUCAAAAUACAUAGAACCAGUAUAUGUUGACCAGAUGCAUUGUUUGCUUCAGAUCUUGGUGUGGAUCCCUUUAAUUGUAUACAGAUAGUUCAGUUGUGGUAAAAGAGAAUUAUCUGGGACCAAGAAUGUGGAGAUUUUUCUGCACAGAAAAAUAGAAAACAUCAGAAUCAUUAGUAAAAUGUAGGACUUGGAAUUCUGAUGUACAGGACCGAAGUUAAGAACUAAGGUUCUUUGGAUUAUAUAAUUUGUUAAGAUUGCCACUAUUCUAAUCUCAAAAGUAUGGAGAAAUAAGACUGCAUCUUCAGCCUCUUUCCUGUAAUCACAGAUGAUUUGGUCUCCUUGUUCAAGCACGUACCUUAGGAGAAGAGCAUCUCCCAAGACUCCAUCAGUGAGCUUUCAGAGAGUAUGUUGUCUUCCCAGAGGCAAGAAUGGUUUUCUUUGACUCUUAGGACUGUCACCCAGAGGACAUUCCAUAGCCGUGUCUCUGGAGUCAUGGAGGAAGUGUGUUAGAGUAACAAAUCCAGGGACCUGAUAAUUGGCAAAGGACAACUUUUGCUGCUCAGGCUCAAUUUGUGCCUUAGCUUGCUCAUGAGUAAACAUUAGAAUCAUGCUGCCUACCUCACAGAGGUUUCAUGAGGAUAGCGUUUAGAAAGGGGUUUGAUGACUGAAUGAAAAAUGCUAAGGGAGUCUGUGUGUGGUGGUGUCUUCAGUUUUUUAAAGAAAAUAAAUACUUAUGAGGGAAUGUUACAA